ACCAUCGCGUUGUGCCGUGAGACGGACCUCGAACGAUUUAUUGGAAGUUAUAUUUAUCUACUAUCAGAUAAUAGGAUUACUGAAACUGUUGUUACUGGUGUAUAUUCCCAGCCCGUAUUGUCUGGGGCAAAGAGUAUUCUUCAGCCUGGGCAUCUGAUUUAACCAUAUACGUCUUCGGAUUUAACACCGAGUAAGAAGUCGACGUUACUUGACACAUUUCGUCACUAGCUGACAGCAAGCUGACUGAACUGAACAGACGAUAAUAGGGAACAAUUGAGAAAUAAUGAUCUAACAAUAAAGGAAAACGAACACAGUGUUAUUUAAUUGAACUACUUUUUGGCUCAAGAAUCAUUGUGCAAGUAUUUGGAGAGGUAUAAUUCUCAUGAAUUCAUGGUCCAGCAAUUGAAUUGUACCUUCCAAAUUUUAUCCGCAUAUCGCACAAAUGCCGUUAGAAGAGAACAACGAUUCUGGAGACAUUUUACAACCCAUUCCUUUCGAAGAAUGGCCUCUGCUUCAAAAUUAUUUCAAAGAUGAUUGGCCGACAUAUUCACACUACUAUUACUGGAUUGACAACAGUAUAAAAUGGAAGAAACUGUCUCCAAACCUGGACUUACAAAUCUACUCCAUACAAGGAGAUUAUCAACUCGAUGGAACUUUCGUGGGAAUAUCAAAUAUUUCAACACCAAUGCUCUGGGUUUUUACGACUGACAAAUCAGAGGAAAAAUUUCGUGAAGCACUAAUUAAAUCCAAUCGAUUAGACUGGAGCAAACAUAUUACAUUUUGCGCAGUUCACGAACACGUCAUACCAAUUUUAAAUUUGGCACUAGACUAUCUAAAACUUAACCGAGGGAUUGAAAAGGCUUUAGACAUACCAGGCAGAUUUCGUUUCAAAUCUGCCAAUGACGCUGUAAAAGUAGAAGUAAGGGUGCCCGACGACUGUUAUUUGGGUAAGCUGAAUCUAUCUCAUGUCCCUAUAAUAAAUUCGUUGUGGCCACAUACCAACAAGGAAAACCCAGAAUCUUCAAUGAAAUACUUCAGAGCUAUAGUUAUGUGGAACAAGGGUUUAGGACUCUUCUUGAAAGAAGGAGAUGUGCUAGUAUCUUGGGCUCUUCAAUCCGAUUGGUACGGUUUUUUAGCACUUCAGACUCGAGAUGAGUACCAAGGAAGAGGCUAUGCCAAAGUUAUUAUUAAUGCUUUGGCCAAAGAGCUCGGAGAGGAAGGAAUAGAUCCGAUCUUGUCUAUAGUAGAUGGCAACACACGUUCUGCACAUGUGUUUGAUUCUCUGGGCUGGAAACCAACUAAUGGUUCAACUUGGAUAACUACAAAAGCGCUUCCAUGACCUUGACAGCCCCUAAUAGGAGAAGACGAUUCAACGGAAGUAAAGUCAUCGCAGUAAGAACUCCUUUGAAUGUAUCCGAUCGUAGUUUGGUGGAAGAAAAUGAUGCUGUUGUUUCUACUGACGUAUGAACACCGAUUCUAUUCGCAGUUGUUGCUGAAAUCAAUUCCUGUUCGUAUAUGGAUAAACAGUGUACCGGUUCUGUGGUGCCUCUGAAAUAAAAGGUCGAAAACUGUU